GCGCCAGUAGUGCAUCACUCCGCCUGGAACGCAUAACUGCACCUUCCAUCCCCCUGUGUGUCUCCUCUACACACACCAUCUCUCCUUCCUCCCCCCAUUGAUAACCGCCACUUGGGCUACUCAUAGUACACGAGUCUGAUGGCAACUUGAGUCUCGAGGAGCUUAACGGUAGUCUAACAGCAGCAGCAGCGGUGGUGGGCGUGGUGGUGGUGACGCGGGUGGCCACGGAUCGAUCCCCCCGGCGGGUGGCUCCAGCAGGCGGCGAGGUGCGGAGGUGACGGCGGCUCAGUCAUCAUGCCGGCUCCUGAGCGAGCACUGGUACCACGCCACCACUGACGUGUCCUCCUGCGUCGCCCACCUGGCCCUCAGCCCUCACCACUGACCAGGAUAACACAUACACCUCGGGUGCUCUCUCACACGCCGCGUGCCACACACACACACACACCCUGUGUGCCAGCCUGUAUUGGGCUGCGUGUAGUAGUGCCCGGACAUAACCUCUCCCUCCUGUAGGAGUAUAUACCACCACACAAACCACCUUCACCAUGGGAGGAGAAGAGGAAAAGCCCCGCGAGCAGGUCGAUGACAGCAUCCGCGUCAUCUGCCGCAUUCGGCCCCUCAACAAGUCGGAGGAGGCGGCAGGUAGCAAGUUUGUGUGCACCUUCCCGUCUUCCCGCGGCCAGGAAGACCAAAUGGUCUCAGUUGGGGGGAAGGUGUACCUGUUUGACCGCAUCAUCAAGCCCAACUCAACACAAGAGAAGGUCUACGAUAUCGUCGCCAAAGAUAUCGUCAAAGAUGUGCUCAACGGGUACAAUGGGACCAUCUUCGCCUACGGCCAGACGUCGUCAGGCAAGACCCACACUAUGGAGGGCAAGCUGGGCGACCCCACCUGGCAGGGCAUCAUCCCGAGGAUCGUGCACGACAUCUUCAACCACAUCUACAACAUGGAGGAGGCGCUCGAGUUCCACAUCAAGGUCUCUUACUUCGAGAUCUACAUGGAUAAGAUCAGGGACUUGCUCGACGUGUCCAAGGUGAACUUGUCUGUGCACGAGGACAAGAACCGGGUACCGUCGGUGAAGGGCGCCACGGAGCGCUUCGUGUCCUCCCCGGAAGAGGUCUUUGAGGUCAUCGAGCUGGGCAAGUCCAACAGACACGUCGCCGUCACAAACAUGAACGAGCACAGCUCCCGGUCCCAUAGCGUCUUCCUGAUCCAGGUGAAGCAGGAGAACAUUGAGAACCAGAAGAAGCUCCUGGGUAAACUCUACCUGGUCGAUCUGGCCGGCUCAGAGAAGGUGAGCAAGACAGGAGCAGAAGGAGCCGUCCUGGACGAGGCCAAGAACAUCAACAAGUCCCUCUCGGCGCUAGGCAACGUCAUCGCAGCUCUGGCAGACGGCAAGACACACGUGCCCUACCGUGACUCCAAGUUGACCAGGAUCCUGCAGGAGAGUCUGGGGGGCAACGCCCGCACCACCAUCGUCAUCUGUGCCUCUCCAGCCUCCUUCAACGAAGCUGAGACGAGGUCCACCUUAGAUUUUGGCAAGAGAGCCAAGACCAUCAAGAACUGUGUGUGUGUCAACGAGGAACUCACAGCCGAGGAGUGGAAGCGACGCUACAAUAAGGAAAAGGAGAAGAGUACCAAGCUGAAGGCCCAGGUGGAGAGCAUGGAGGCAGAGCUCGCCAGGUGGCGCAGUGGGGAAAAAGUCUCAUCCGAGGAACAGAUUUCUGUUGAUAUGGAGAAGUCCAUGGUGUCUUCUGUGGUUGAAGAGCCUAAGAAGUCAGCAGCUCCGCCCAUGAGCAACGAGGUGCGGGACGCGUGGGAGAAGGAACGGGAGCAGCUGUACCUGAGCCUUGACGAGAAGGACGAGGAGAUCAACCAGCACAGUCAGCUGGCUGAGAAGCUCAAGGAACAGAUGCUCGAGCAGGAGGAACUUAUUGCUGCAACCCGCCGUGACUAUGAAGUUCUACAAACGGAGAUGUCUAGGAUUCAGGCAGAGAAUGAUUCUGCCAAGGAUGAAGUGAAAGAGGUGCUACAGGCUCUGGAGGAGCUGGCCCUUAACUACGACCAGAAGAGUCAGGAGGUGGAGAACAAGUGCAAGGAGAAUGAGACACUCAACGAGGAACUAACAGAGAAGCAGACUGCUUUAACAAGCAUGCAAGGUGAGCUACAACAAAUGAAGGACUCCUCUGUGCACCAGCGGAGAAGGAUGAAUGAGAUGCUGUUCUCACUGCUCUCUGAUCUUGGAGAAGUUGGCAAUGUGGUUGGAGGCACUGCUGGAGACCUCUCUAUCAAGAACUCAGGUGACCCCAACAAACUAGAGGAAGAGUUCACAAUGGCUCGGUUGUAUGUGUCAAAGAUGAAGAGUGAAGUGCGUAACCUUGUACAGCGUUGCAGCACCCUUGAGAACUUCCAGGGCGACUGCAACAAGAAGAUUGAUGAAUAUGAACGUGAAUUAAGUGAAUGCCGCCUCCUGAUCAGCCAACACGAGGCCCGCAUGAAAACGCUGCAAGAGUCCAUGCAUGAGGUAGAAAUUCGCAAAAGACAACUUGAAGAACAAGUUGACUCUCUGGGUGAAGAAGUGGCUCAGCUGAAAGCAGCCGAGGGCCUCACUGUAUCAGAGGGGCUAUCAAAGGAGGCACUUGAGAAACAGAUGGAGACUCACAGAGAGCUUCACCAAAAGCAAGUGGCACAGCUCAGACUCGAGAUUAAUGCCAAACAAGCACUAGUAGAGGACCUCAAGGACCAAAACCAGAAACUGAGUGUGGAACAUGAGCAGCUGAAGGCAGAACACAACAAGCUCAAAAUUGAGGAGGCAGAGAAGAGCACUCGGCUUCAUGAACUUAUUUUUGCUGGAUUUCGGUGGGCUCAGCACCUCAAUGAGGUCUCUCUUCUCCUUCACGAAACUAUUAGCUUGCGUCACUGGACUCCCAGAGGCUCGACAAGUCUAUUGAAUGAUCGCCGAGAACAGGCGCACCAUGAUCUUAAGGGCCUUGAAGACACUGUGGCCAAAGAGCUUCAGACGCUGCAUAACCUAAGGAAACUUUUCGUCCAGGACCUGCAGGCCAGAGUCAGGAGGUCUGCUGCAGGAGAAGAUGAAGAUAUCCUUGGAGGGUCCGUAGCACAAAAACAGAAGAUUAGCUUUCUGGAAAAUAACCUAGACCAGCUGACGAAGGUGCACAAACAACUGGUCCGGGACAAUGCCGACCUCCGGUGUGAGCUGCCUAAGUUAGAGAAGCGGCUCAGGGCCACCAUGGAGAGGGUUAAGAUAGAGGACGAGGGACAGGAGCUAUUCUGGCAGUUCAGGGUGGAGGAAGAUAACGCCCAUCUCCGCUGUGAGGUACCUAAGCUAGAGCAGCGGCUCAAGGCAACCAUGGGCAGGGUCAAGGCACUAGAGACUGCUCUCAAGGAGGCUAAGGAAGGAGCCAUGAGGGACAGGAAGCGCUACCAAUACGAAGUUGACCGCAUCAAGGAAGCUGUACGGCAGAAGAACCUUGCCAGGAGGGGUCAAGGAGCACAUAUUGCAAAGCCCAUCCGCACCGGUCCUGCCAGUCUCCUGUCCCGUCCUGGUGCCCUGGGGAUGAUGGGACGAGCACAAACCAAUGCUCCCAUUCCCCGCCAGUAUGUUGCCUCCAACAGCUAGAUGGGCAAGUGGGAUUCUCCUGUAGAAGCCCCAGCAACUUACUCUCCACUAGCUGGAAAAUCCACGAAUAAUACACCAAAUAUCUCUGCUUCCUGCAAGCCUCCAGUAUCAGAGAAUUUCAUCUAUUACUUUGAACCCUAGUCUUUGUCUACAUAGCUGUCAAGUGAAUAAAAAUACAUCCUACUCCCCCCACAAUGCUAGCCCCAUUACGUUCUGGUAUAUUAUGGUUGCAUGAUGCUCCUAAUUACAUGUGAAAAUUAGGGACCACUUUUUAAUUUAAAAAUUAUUUUGCACCAUUUGUAUUAUGCCAAGUUAUACUUUGUCUCGGUCAAGUUUGUGAUUCCUUAUUACAUAAUUUUUGUUAUAAUACUGUACUGUAUAUCAGUUUAUUCACUUGCUGUGAGAUCUGUCUAUGCAGCAAUUAUUUUGCAUGUAAUGUGUCCACCCCCCAUGCAUUUAACUCUUAAGGAUUCACAGUAAUACUGCAUAUAUUUGAAAAAAAUUAGAUUGGUAUUUGAAAUUUGCUCUCUGAUAUGUGAGCAUUUCUGAAACUAAAAUUAAGAAAACUGUUAAAUUACCAUCAGUUGUUUUCUUUAGUACUGUAUACACACGAGAUUUGAGGAGUUAAUGGAAAGGAAAGGAAAACAAAAGCAAGACAAAGGAGAAACAUUAAAUGAUCAUUGUUAAAGGUUGGUGCUGUGUGAGUGAUGGACUGCCCACAUGUGCUCUUGGUUAGCCCAAGUUAACCCACACUGGAAAUGAAUUGGUGAAUAAUUUUCAUAAAUCGGAAAGCAUCACUUGAAACAGCUGCUAAAAUAAAUUUGAGUGUUUUGUUUAGUCAGCAAAAAAAUUAUUCUUUUAAGUUAUUUUUCAGUUAUUUCAGCAGAUGUUUCAAGUGGUGCUUAAAAUGGGUAAGACGUGCAUAAGUUGGGGAUAUUCACCCAAAGAGAACAAUUAGUUUAAGAUAUAAGCUUUCCUUACAAGAUCAUAUUUUUUCAGAAUUAAAAAAAAUUCUGAUUAAUUGCAAACUUACAAAUGCCAUAACUAUACUCAUAUUCAUUCAUCUAAUCCACAUACAGAUCUAUCAUUAGCCUUCUAGGUUUCAUUAUGCUGUCAGGAAUAUAGUGGCUUUGUGCUUCUUGUGAUAAUUACUUACAGCAAUAACCCUUAAACAUUAUUUUUAGGAUUUAAAAAAUGGUUCCUGAUUCUCACUAAUGUAAUUUCUCACCAUGAUAUAUUCAUUUUCAUAAUAAUUUUCUCACAAAAUAAUGGAUUACUACUAUAGGAAAUUAUGUCCAUAAAAUAUUAUGCAGUGUUAACAUGUCACCUUAAAAUGAAUGUUCAGAUAACCUGUUUUGCUGUUGAAUAUUCAUUGCUGAUAUGCCAUUAAUUUGUAAAAUGAAUGACUAAUAAAAUAAUACACCAUUCCAAUAUCUCCUCUAUAUAUAAACUCUGUGUUAACAGUAGCCUACUUUACGUGACUGAUCCUCUGGAACAAUUAAUUUUAGAAUAAAAAUUUUAUAUUUUGGCCUUCAAAAUGAAGUGAGUGCUAUAUCAAAAUAUAUCUGGUCUUAUUAAUAAAAAGCAUGUGUACAAAUUCCUAGAGUUUUUUGUAUUAUUGUAGCAGUUAUUUGCAAAUAUGCGGAACUUCAACAAAAUUUUGAUUAAACCUUGUU